CUGAUUCCAUCACACAGCAUCCGACAAACGAUGAGUCAGUUCUCGUGGAAUUUCUGAACGCGACAGUAAAAUAACGGUCUCGUGAAAAAAAUUUGGAUUUUCGAUUUCUUUGAAAAAAAAGAGUGAAAAUAAAAAUAAAGUGUUAGAAAAAAGAAAUAAAAUAAUUACCACACACGGGCUUUGCCCAUAUUCUAUGAAUAGUUUUGAAAUUAAAAAAAAUAUACAUAAUAUUAGUGAAUUAAUUGUUGAAAUAAAAAAAAAAAAUAUUUAUAAUAUUGUCGUUUUGAAAUUAGUGAAUAAAAAUAAAAAAUAUUUCAAAGAAAAACAAAAAUUUAAGGAUAUUUCUGCAACGCACAAAAAUAAAAAUCAAUACUUUUCCAAAACAAAAAAGAAAAUAUUAAAGUAAAAAAAAGGAACAAAAAUAAAUUUAUUGGGAUAAUUUUUCGCCUGAACGCAUAAUAAAUAAGGAUUACCGCACGUUUCGCAAACAACAUAAACCGCUGAACACAAACGGCAUUGCUCUGCUGCUUGCUGCUGCCGUUCUUGUGUCACGUUUGAAUAUUUUACAUCGUCGAAAAAAACUAUAUCAAAAACAAAAACCUUCACCAAAAACUAUGAAUGCAGAAAAAUUCAAUUAUAGAUAAAGUUUUGAAGCAAUUGCCUUGAAAACUACACUUUCUAAGCUAAUUGAUAGAAAAUUCUAAAAUCAUGAAGUCCCAUACAAAAAAAGGAAAUGAAGCUCUACAUCAGUUGCCGUUGGUACUUUUAUUCUUUGUAAGCUGUCACAUCGGCUUCAGCGAAUCAAAUACUACGCCCACAACAAGUUUUCACAGCAGCAUUAGUCCGGCGGCGGUGGCGUAUAUUUCAACGACACCAAAUGAAGAUAUUCAACCUUUCACGGAUGUGCCUCUAAUAAAUUCCAACUCAAACUCACUUUCAGUUGUUGAUGUGACAAGAAAUCCAACUGUAGUUGGUGCUGCUGAUACUGAUGCUGCUUCACAAAUCAAAAUGUCAGAUGAAGUGGCUACUUCUUCAACGACGACAGAUGCCUCGCCUUCGUCGUCGUCGUCUUUGUCGUCAUCGUCCUCGUCGUCAUUAACAUCUUCGUCAUCAUCAUCUUCAUCAUCGUCAUCAUUUGAGAAUACAAGCAGUAUGCCCAGACCUACAACUGUGGUGUCUUCAUCGAUUCCAUCGACUGACCCUUUGGAAAUACGUGAACCAAUUUCCAAUCAACCCGAAACCGAUCAGGAGAACACCGAUGAACGCCCUCCACCAUCGUCUACCAUUCUUUCUGGAGCACCAUCGACUUCAACAUCAACAUCAAGUGUAGCAGCAGCAACAACCCCUAUAAAACCCUUACCUGUACUGUUGCUAGACUUGCAGACUCCAUCAUCAUCAUUUUCGACAUCAAUCGCUGCCAGUACAAUGAAUAAAACAAAUGACCCUCUGUCCAUGACCACGACCCAUGAAACUCUGAUUAAUGAUAUACACGUGGAAAAGAAACUCGGAAACGGUCUGUAUCGUAUUAAAUUAGCUGAAAUUAUCACGGACCAAUUUAAUGGCGGUAUUAAUCAGCACCUGGACGCUCCCAAUGAGAAUUAUAUUUCUUCCCAACAAUCGAAGAUUGCGACGGAUGCAAUCGAAGCGCCAGCAAGUGGAGGCAAAAUCAAUAUUAUCGACUUGUAUCCUUUAAAGCUCGAAGACUUCAACCCAAUUAUUAGAAAUUCAAAUGAAAAACUUAUCCGGGAGAAAAAUAUUUACUUAAAGGAUACUCCAACUAAAUGGAACCAGUAUCCGGCUGGAGAGGAUGACGACCGAAAUAUGUUUCCAAAUUCAUUGGAUAUAAACACACCACCCAUUGAUGCUAGGGACCCCCGUAUUGGGCGCCAUCAAGACGAUGGAACUAUUGUAGCCGCCACCAUCAUAACCAGAAUGCCAUCAGUCAACCGACAGAAGGGUGAAAUAACCGAUUUCACUGGAAAACUGCUGCAAGAGAAGGAUGGUGUUAUAACGGAAAUUGAGAAGAAAUUCCGGUUCGAUGAGUUCGAACAAUCAACAACAAAAUCGACACCGAUUUUGUCCACCACUUCGAAGUCGUUAGUAAACGCAAGGCCGAGACUCAUGGUGAAUCAUCAAAUUGAGUUCAUCGACAGAAGGGUAAAGAAAAGUUUCGAUUUUCCUCUGCAUCAUGAGGCGGCCUCCAGGGUUGGCUUCUCCAACACAAAGUUCAAAACAGACAAUGCAAAGACAUCGGCUGACACUGUGGAGAACCAUCAUCCCGCCGAUGCACAUCCAGAGUUUUCCACUACGAAAUUCUACAACAGCAAAGAGUUAUACAAUGAAAUGCUUCAGCGGAGGAAAUUGUCAGCAGCAGCAGCAGUUGCAGCCCAUGCAACAACAUAUAGUCCUGUUGGAAAGGCAUCAUCGGGGACUAAAGGAGAUACAACUGCAACAAACCCAACAACAACAACGACAGACGCAACUGUCGGCAAUUUACACUCGACCACGACUUCUUCUCAGCUAAUUACCGAAUCCAACAAAUACGAGUACUCCAAUCCCAGAGGCAAUGGCGGCAGUGGUGCGAAUCAAGGAUCUGAGGCUGAUGAAACAAGUGCACGUUCAAAGGCAUUAAAACGUGUUAAAAUUGAAUUGCAAAAAAGCUUCGGUCCUCAGGUGGCAAUUCCGUUGGAACGUGAGACAAAUACGCCUAAGGAUAAUCCUCGGACUAAUGAGGAAAAAUCAUCAUCAUCAUCAUUGGCAUCGGCAUCGUUGUCGUUGUCGUCGUCGUCGGUUCAGAUGACAUCUCCAUCUUUGUCGCCAUCACCAUCGCCACAGACUUCGAUGAAUAACAAACUCGAAGUACGGUCCUCCUUCACAUCAAGCUCAACGGGUGUGUCAUUAACACCGACUCAAUCAAACAAAGUUAACAGCGAAAGGACUAUCGCUCCUAGUUUGUCCAGCAAACCAUCUACCCCUAGCCAAAGCAGCUCAACUCCAAUACCGAACACCAACCCCAACCCCAAUCUGAACUCGAACGCAACCCCAACGCCUUAUUCAACUGUCGAUAGCCAGUCAACUACAACGGGUCCAACAAAGGCUUCCAAGUCAAAACCGAUAUCGAGGCCACGUAUACUUUCGCGUUUGCAGGAAAAAAUCAAUUCUCUAGAGUGCGACAUACAGACCCUGCCUUCAGAGUCUCACAUAUGGCGUGGCAAUGAGACGCACGAGCUGAUGCUGCCAGUUGUGACUCCAGAGAAUUGUAAAGGCUUCAAUGAUUGCACUCCAAUGCUUGUUUCAUGGGAAGGUGAUGCUGAAAUUCAAUCAGGAGAUGUAUUGCUUGUAGAAAUCAAUGAUGCAAGUCUCUAUCCCUAUUAUGAAAAUAAAAUUGGAAGCGGUCACACAACGCAAGUAUAUCAAGUAACCCGAUCCGGUCAUGAACAUUGUGAUGUCACUGAAGGUAUCCUCUUGGACAUAACUCCUCUUGUGGUGGACGGCAGAAAGCUCGUUACACUAUACGAUAAAGAUCUCACCGAGGGAAUAAACUUGCUAAUUGUUGUGUCUGAGCUGUGGGGACCCCAGUGCAUUCGAUUGAAGGUCACCAUGAAGUCAGAUAACUGUGGAGAGAAUGCAGAUUGUUCAGGAAAGGGAAUUUGCUAUUCCAAUGAUUCUAUGGAAGGAUACGAAUGCCAAUGCUGUGGUGGAUUUGCAGGUCCCCAUUGCGAGGAAAUCGAUGCAUGCUCACCCAGUCCAUGUACGAAUAAUGGUAUUUGUGUGGAUUUAUCACAGGGACAUGAAGGGAAUGCUUAUCAAUGCCUUUGUCCAUAUGGUUACACUGGCAAAAACUGUCAAUACGAAUCGGAUCCUUGCAACCCCGCUGAAUGUAUGAAUGGUGGAUCAUGUGUUGGAAACUCCAGUCAUUUCAGAUGUGAUUGCGCUCCUGGUUACACUGGUCCACUGUGUCAACACAAUUUGAAUGAAUGUGAAUCAUCUCCGUGUGUGCAUGGAAUAUGUGUGGACCAGGAAGAUGGUUUCCGGUGUUUUUGCCAGCCAGGUUUCGCUGGUGAACUUUGCAAUUUUGAAUAUAACGAAUGUGAAUCGAAUCCAUGCCUGAAUGGAGCGGAGUGCAUAGAUCAAAUCGGGAGCUUCGAGUGUAGGUGUUCUAAGGGAUACAUCGGGAGUCGAUGUGAGAUUAAGGUGGAUUUUUGUGCCAAUAAACCCUGCCCCGAAGGACAUCGAUGCAUUGAUCAUGGAGAUGAUUUCAGUUGUGAAUGUCCCGGAGGACGCAACGGCCCGGAUUGUAAUCAAAUUCCAAGGACGCAGUGCAAUGUUAAUCCUUGUACUCAUGGAGGGACUUGCUGGUCCAGCGGAGAUUCAUUCUACUGUGCCUGCCGGCCCGGAUAUACUGGGACAAUGUGUGAAGAUGAAUUUGUUGUGGAGACAGUUGUUAGCUCGAGUGAAUUUAUGGUAGACGAUACGAGCGCCCGAAAUUUCAACGAUAAAGCCUUCGGAUCUGUUGUCCUGAAAAGCCCAAUUGAGCUGCAUAACGCAUAUAUUGCGGCUGGUGUUUUGGCAGCAGCAAUUUUUAUUGUUGCGGUUGUGGUUACAAUCUGUCAUUGCAAAGUGAAUCAAACUUAUCGCAAAUUCUCAACACGACCAACUUCUUUCUUCCCGAUUCUUGGCUUUGGCCGUCGUGGAAAGUCACAAAAGUCGCACAAGCAUUGGCUAAGUGGCAAAGCAGGAAGUGGUCCAAGCAAUGGUGCUAACUGCAAUGGAAAUCCCUUAAAAUCAGGUCGAGGACAUGUUCCUGGUACAGGAUCAAAUCAAUAUCAUAGCCAGAGUACGACUGGAUUACACCAACCACCACAGCAAGCCCAUACAAGACCGUUUCAACGCCAUCUGGCAAUGAAUCUAGAAAACGAUAUGUACUAUACGGUGGACUUUAGUGAACAUUCACAACACUCACCCCUAAUACAGUGAAGAGAUAGACCUAUGCGACAGCAGCACCGGAGUAGCGCUGGUAGUAAAAAACAGUGCUGAAUGAGGAAAACAAUGUCACUUAGAUCUAUUAAAAAUGAGAGUUUAGAUAUAUUUAAAAAGAAACAGAAAUAAAAUAUGAAUAAAACAAAAAAUUAAAAUAUUAGAAAUAAAAUGCAAAAUUUGCCUUUAUUUUACAGCAAAAUAAAUGCAAAACAUAAUGAAAUAUAAAAUUAAAUCGCAUACGAUUUGGAAGUGUGAAUAAAAACAUAAAUAUUUUGUUCAAAUUUUGUCUUUAUUUAUGAAAAAAAUAAAAAUUGCUGUUAUAUUGUAAAGAUUGAAGAAGACGAACAACCAAAUCGUAAAAAUUAGCAAAACUAACUGUUCUUAUUUUGAUAUUUGAUAAAUUUAAGAAAUUGAUAUUAGAAAUCACAUAAAUAAAAAAAUCUAGCAGUAAUUUAAAGAUAAUCACAAAAUUGUAAAAAAAAAAUAAAUACGCUCAAGAUGCCAAAAAAAAAUGAACAUAAAAAAACUAUAAAAUUAAAAAUUAUUUUAACUCAAAAAAUUUGUAAUUAAAACGUAAAUUAAAAUAAAUAAAAGGUGACUAGAAAUUAAGGCUUUGGUUUUAAAUUGCAGCAAAGUUAUAAAUGGUUAAGCAUGGAAUUAAAAUAUGAAAUUUAGUCAAAUAAUAACGCCAUUUUAAAAAAAAAAUUUAUUUUUAAUGUUAAUUUUAAUUUUAUGUUAAACAUUAAUUCUAGUUCAAAAUUUACGAAACUUUAAUAACCACACUUUGUUAAUAUUAUUUAUUUGUUUGUAUUAUAUUUGAGUGAAACAGACAGCGCAGUUAAGUGUAUAACUGUAUAGUGGCGUUAUUUAUGUUUUUGUUUUCGAAAAUAAACAAUUAAAAUAUACAACAUUUUUGCUUUAAUUUUGCUUAGUACCUGCUGUGUAGUACACAAAUUGCAUAAUUUAUAAAAGCUGCGGAUUGUAAUUUGAAUAAAUAUUUGUUUUUUUUUUUAAACACAAUGUUAUGAUAAGUAUUUUAUAAACAAAAAAAUAAGUUUUGAGUUAUUAAAUAUAGAAAUAAAGUCUACACAAGAGUGUCCUGUGAAAAAAAUAAACAAGAUU